AUGCCUUCGGAAGCAAAACGUGGAGACCAGCGGUUGGAAUGCCAGGAUCCUGUUCCGGAUCUCAAUAUUGGAAAAGGUCCGGUAAGACCAUAUGUAAUUACCGAACCUCCAAGGGCGCUCAGCGAAUCGCGUACCCCAAGUAGCAUGAAGGAAAAAUUACUGAUUGCAGCUCUGCUACUGAUCACUGGUGUUGUCAGACUUCACAGUCUUUCUAAUCCAGACUCAGUGGUGUUUGAUGAGGUUCAUUUUGGAGGGUUUGCCUCGAAAUACAUAAAGGGCAUUUUUUUUAUGGACGUUCACCCACCCUUGGCAAAAAUGCUGUUUGCUGCAGUUGGCUCAAUUGCAGGCUUCAACGGAGACUUUGAGUUCAGCAAAAUUGGAGAGCGUUUCCCAGAAUCAACUCCAUACUUUUUCAUGAGACUUUUCCCAAGUAUUUUGGGUGUCCUCACCGUGCUUCUAAUGUACCUAACUUUGCGUUGCUCGGGUGUGAGGAUUCCAAUUGCGUUCAUUGCGUCACUGUGUUUCGCUGUCGAAAAUAGCUAUGUCACUAUCUCCCGUUACAUCCUUUUGGAUGCCCCGUUACUGUUUUUCAUCGCUUCGGCCGCUUACGCUUUCAAAAAAUAUGAAAUCUAUCCUCAAGGAUCUUGGGCAUCCCAGAAGGCUCUCUUGAGUGCAGGUCUCGCUCUUGGUAUGGCAGUUUCUUCUAAAUGGGUUGGGCUCUUCACCAUUGCGUGGAUCGGACUUCUCUGUAUUUGGAGAUUGUGGUUUAUGAUCGGUGAUAUGUCCAAACCAGUUGGCAAAACUGUAGUGGAAGCGUCGAGAAAACUCGUUUAUUUGCUGAUUGUGCCAGCGAUUCUUUACAUGACGUUCUUCUAUAUUCAUUUCGAUGCAUUGACCAUAUCCUCGGAUGGUGCAGGUUUCUUUUCAUCUGCUUUCAGAACUACAUUACAAGGAAACACAAUCCCAAAAGACAUUUUGGCUGACGUUGGUAUUGGGUCUGUGGUCACUAUUCGUCACAUUGCAACAAUGGGCGGUUACUUGCACUCUCACGAUCAUAUGCUGGAAAAGGGCUCUCAACAACAACAGAUCACUCUCUACCCUCAUCUGGAUGGGAACAACGAUUGGAUAAUUGAGCUGAACGAAAAACCUAAUGCCCCACUAACCUCCUUUGAAGGGCUUAUGGACGGAACUAUUAUCAAACUGAAACAUUUGGGCACUCAGAGAAGGCUUCACUCCCACGAUCAUAAAGCGCCUGUGUCUGAAAGUGCCGAUUGGCAAAAGGAAGUUUCUGGUUAUGGUUUUGAUGGCUUUGAGGGUGAUGCAAACGACGAUUGGGUCGUGGAGAUUGACCAAGAUGCUUCUGAACCAGGUGAAGCUCAAAAGCGCGUAAAAGCACUGGACACUAAAUUCAGACUGAGACAUACUAUCAUGAACUGCCAUUUGUUCUCCCAUGAGGUAAAGCUACCAAAAUGGGGCUUUGAACAGCAAGAGGUUACCUGUGCCAGUCAAGGUAAAGAACAUCUAACUCUUUGGUACGUGGAAGCAAACUACCAUCCUCAACUACCAGAAGACGCCGAACGUGUCUCUUACAAGAAGCCAGGGUUUUUUGAAAAACUUAUAGAAUCGCAUCAAAGAAUGUGGCACAUUAACAAAAAUCUUGUUGAACCUCACAUCUACGAGUCCAAGCCUCAUUCGUGGCCAUUCUUACUCCGCGGUAUCAACUACUGGGGUGAGAAUCACAAGCAGGUUUACCUUCUAGGAAACGCAGUCGUGUGGUGGUCUGUGACUGCCUUUAUCGGAAUCUUUGCCUUAGUUGUUAGUUCUGAACUAAUAUCUUGGCAACUUGGAUACGAAGUCCUGCAAGAUCCAAAGGUCGUGAAUUUUCAUGUGCAAGUAAUCCAUUAUUUGUUGGGCUAUGCUUUGCACUAUGUCCCAUCCUUUUUAAUGGGCCGCCAGUUAUUUUUGCACCAUUACAUGGCCUCUUAUUACUUUGGAAUUCUUGCGUUUGCUCAUGCUUUGGAAAUCAUUGUCACAUACGUGUUCCGUAAGAGAGAGGUCUACGGGUACGCCGUUGCAGGUGCCUUUUUGAGUUGCACUGUGUAUUUCUUCAUUUCUUACCGUCCUUUGAUUUAUGGUUCUCCAUGGACACAAGAGCUGUGCGAAAAAUCCAAGUGGCUAUCAGGUUGGGACUACCCUUGCCACAACUUUUUGUCCUCCUACGAUGACUACAAAAAAAUUGAGACCGAGCAAGCCCAAGAGGCUUUGUACCCCUCCCAAACGCUAGUAGCCGGAGCUGACGCCAAACCAACUGACAAUCAGAAUGCUCCGGUUGCAGAACCAGCUAGUGAUGAGGAGUUUGACGUUGAUAAGAUUAUGGCAUCUCCUGGUUUAAAGAAGUUUGUCGACCAAAAUGGUAAUGAACUACCUUUCGAUGUCGUAAAAGAUGUUUUGGGUAAUGGAGGUUCCGUCAUGAGCGUGGAACACCGUUCACAUACCGAUAUACUUUAG